UUCAGCAGAUCACUGUAGUUUGCACAGCAGACAACAAGACCCUUCAACCAUGAACACCUUCGUCGUUGCCCUCUUCGGCCUCUUCGCCGCCGCCUCCGCUGGUUACGCCGGUGUUGGCUACGCCGGUCUCGGCUACGCCGCUGCCCCAGUUGCCGCCGUUGCCGCCCCAGCCGUCGUUGGUGUCGCCAACUACCGCACCGCUGCCUACGGAUCCGCUGUCAACCACGGUGUGACCGCCCGCGCUGUCGGUGUUGCUGCUGCCCCAGUUGCCGCUUACGGUCUUGGCUUCGGUGGUGCCCGUUACGGUCUCGGCCUCGGCUACGGUCUUGGCUACGGCGCUGCCUACGCUGCCCCAGUUGCAACCGCCGUUGCCGCUCCAGUUGCUCACGCUGUCGCCGCUCCAGUCGCCGCUGUUGCUGCUCCAGUCGCUGCUGUUGCCGCCGCCCCAGCCGUCGCCUACGGUGCCGGUCUCGGCUACGCCGGUCUUGGCUACGGUGCCGGUCUUGGCUACGGUGCCGGUCUUGCCUACGGAGCCGGUCUCGGCUACGGUGUCGGCCACGCCUACGGAGCUGGUCUUGGCUACGGUGUCGGCCACGCCUACGGUCUCGGCUACGGCCACCACGCCAAGGUCGUCUACUAAGAUGUUUCUAUUUUAGGACGAUUCCCAUGAUGAAUGUAUUGUGUCAGACCAUCGACACGCAGCCGUUUUGUCAAUGGAAAACUGUUAUAAUGAAUUGGAACUGGCUGUCGAAAGCAAAUAAAAUAAUAUUUAUUGAACAGCAACCACUA